AUGACCACGACGCACCACCCCACCACCCUCGUUGACUGGCUCGACGACCUCACUGUCCGCUUCCUGCUGAACCUGCCCGCCUCGGAGCUGUCCUCGGUCCCGCGCCUUUGCUUCCAGGUCGAAGAGGCACAAUGGUUCUACGAAGACUUCGUCCGGCCCGCUGUCGCCGCCGCCGGCCUGCCUCCACUCCCUAGCCUGCCACUACGGCAAUUCUGCUUGCUGCUGUUCCAACACUGUCCGCUGUUGAGCGGCUUCACAGACGCGCAGCACAUUGCCGCCUAUGAGGAGUUCCUCGCGUACAAGGUGCGCGUCCCUGUACGCGGCGCGAUCAUGUUGGACGAGGAGAUGGAGCAUGUCCUACUUGUGCGCGGUUGGAAGAAGGGCGCGAGCUGGUCUUUCCCACGAGGGAAGAUCAACAAGGAUGAGAAGGACUUGGAUUGUGCCGUGAGGGAGGUUUACGAGGAGACGGGUUACGACGCUCGAGAAGCCGGACUGGUACCGGAUAAUGAGGAUGACGCGAAGUUCAUUGACAUUACGAUGCGAGAGCAGCACAUGCGAUUGUUUGUCUUCCGGGGCGUGUCGCGGGAUACGCAUUUCGAGCCCAGGACGCGAAAGGAGAUCGGUGGGAUCAAUUGGUACGCUAUCAAAGACCUGCCGGGCUUCAAGAAGCAGAAGAUUCAGCACGCGGGUGAGGGUCCCAGUUCGAGCAAGUUUUAUAUGGUUGCGCCCUUUUUGGGCCAUUUGAAGAAGUGGAUAGGCCAGCAGAGAAAGGCCGAUCCGACCAGGGCGGUGAAAACCAAGCCGGUCAAUGGCGGCGCAGCUCCGGUCGUUACGGAAGAUGAGACAGAGGUAGAGGAAGAGUCUGCCACUCAGACUGAUGCGCAAGUGAACGUUAAGGGUGAUCUUUUGGCGAAGCUUCUAGGCUCCGGGCAGACAGAACAGCGGGAUCUACCUGCGCCUCAGCCUGAACCCUCACAUACAUCUGCAAACGACCUCCUAGCAAUGCUUCGCGGCACUGCGCCGCAGAACAAUGGGAAUCAAAUACCGCAAACUCCAUUGGAGCAAGUCGACCAGUUCCCUCGAGAGCCGAACACACCCCAACCAGACCACUUGAGACAUCCAUCCUUGGCACAUGGUCAACGACAGCCUCCCCCACCUACAUUCCCACUCUCGCCUCAGAACAUACCUUUGCACGACCAGCAGAGAAAUGCUUCCAUGCCGACUCCCAAUAUCUUUGGGCCAGGUCCCAAUGGAGUCUCACAAGGGCGAGCACCUAGCUUUCCGAAUGGGAUGCCCCCGCAUCUGCACCAGCAGCAGUUCCAGCAACGGGAGAGCAUGCCAGGCCGUGCCCCGGGCCCGCCACCUGGACCACACAACGGGUUCUUUAGAGACAAUCGUAACCAGCACAACUAUCAACAGCCGUUUGCCACCCAGCUUCCGCAACAGAACAUGCAAUCCCCGUUCCAGCAGCCUCCACCCAACGCUUAUUUGGCACAAGGUCCGCAGGGUGCUAUCGCAAGCGGCCCAGCGGUACCCAAUGCCUCGCAGCUGCCACCACCAAGGCUGAAUGCUCAGUCAAUGAAGCUGCUUGAUGCCUUCAAGAGCAACGGCAGUGUCCCGAUGGUUUCUGCUUCUACUUCGGCGAAGGCAGAUCAGCGGCCUACCAGUGGCCAUCAGGCUGCAUUGCUGGGUCUGCUUAAGAAGGCUCCGGCCACUCAGCAAUCUCCAGCUGCGCAGGCAACAGAACUACCGCAACAGCCGCAUAGAGCAGUCUCGCCCACGCCCACAGAUGGGACGGAUAGGACUGUUAGACCCACGGAGAGGAGGCCCACCCUGAACGAGAUCACCAGAACUCUGCCCCCAAAAGUCAGGGUGAAGUCGCCACCCACCGUCAACACGACUAGUCAACCAUCCGAGCCACUAAUCGCAUCUGAGCGCGAGCGGCCGAAGUCCAGACAGCUUUUCGAUCCCUCUGCACCCUUCAAGCCUCAGGUUGCAAGUCCAGAGAGGUCACAACAAUCUCUUCCAUCCUUCGCACAGCAGCACCCAGCGACGAGGCAGCCACCCAAGUCACCUAGAGGAAGGAACGCUAGUCCAGCUAGCUCACCAUCCCGGAAGAAUGGUGUGCAGACUGUCCGGAGCCAUCAGCAACCCUCUUCGCCGUUCACAAUCCUAGCUCGGCCCGGUUCUGCUAGAGAGGCAAAGUCUCCCGCCGCACCUACGAGUCCUCUUCUUAACGAAGGCCCACAGACAGGCUUCAGGCCGCAAGUGCUCAAACGUUCGAACGGGAACGAAAGCGCGGACACUGCACAGCAGCCAGCGGACAAGAAAGAUCAGCUACUUGCUCUCUUCGGUAAGACAGCACCUUCAGCGAGAUCGACUCCGUCCACGCAACCUGCGUCUACUGGCCCCAAUCGGCCAUCACCCGCACCUGAUAGUCGCAAGAACUCACUCCUCGAUCUUUUCAGUCCUCCCGCUGUAACUUCACAGCAGCCAACGCCUACACCCGCUCCUGCACCACCUCCCGCCCCACGCAUUGAGCCCGAACGACGUCCUUCAUCAAAAGCUCCACCUCAAGUCACUUCGGCGCCUGCUCCGCCAAGACAGCAGAACCUCCUGCUUGACCUCUUCAACAACAAGACAAAUACCUCGGCCACACCAGUGACCAGUCCCGGCACGCCCAUCUCGCCUUUCACGCUGGGGACGCCGGCCACGACUUCAGGACCUUCACAGCUUCCGGGCAUGGCUGGCGGCAGAACGAGUCGCUUGGCGUCUGUGAGCAGUCCUGAUGGCAGUGGAAGUGAGAGCGCAAAGACGCCGACGGAAGCAAAGGAGUUCUUGAUGGGCUUCUUGAACGGGGUCGUGCAGGAAGGCUACAGGGGAGCGACGUCCGGGGCCCGGUAA